GGGAACUAUGCUCCUUUAACUAAGUAAUCACUACAGUCAUACACUACACUAUAAGUCGAAGCCAGCUAAUUUUCUCUUCUCCCUUAAGACAUCGACUUCACACCAACCACUAAAGAAUAAUUUCUUCUUAAUUUCCAUACUCACCGCCCAAUAUAUACUCACAAAUUCCUCCUUUUCUUCCCCACACUCUUCCACUCACUAACUUUCAUUUUUCUCAUUUUCAUUCAAUUCAUAAAAUGGGCUAUGGCCGUCUAGGAAAAUCGGACCCCGGAGAAACCUCCGGCAGGGUAAUAAUUCCAAUUCCCAAUCCCAAUCCCCGGAGCUCUAAGAUUAAAAUCCUAGUAAUUUUGGCCACUGUACUUCUAAUUGCUUCUGCAAUUUCCGUUGCGGUUUUGGUAGCUGUUAAGCACAAGGCCGGAAAUCGAAUCGAUAAACCAAGUCAAGCUAUGGCGCGUACCUGUAGUCGUACUCUGUAUCCAUCUCUCUGUCUCAAUUCGUUGAUUAAUUAUCCUGGAGCUAGCUCUGCUUCUGACAGUGACCUCGUUCACAUUUCCGUCAAUUUAACUCUUCAGCGAUUUGGUAAAGCACUUUACAUAGCUUCCGAUAUCAAUAACCUUCAAAUGAACCCUCAAAUAAGAUCGGCGUACGACUCUUGCCUUGAAUUGUUGGAAGAAUCAGUCGAUCUUCUCUCAGACUCUUUAACAUCUGUUUUCUCCGGCGAUGGAGAUACUCCGACGGGAUCUACACAGGACGUGAUGACGUGGCUCAGCGCAGCUCUCACGAACCAGGACACAUGUACCGACGGCUUCGUCGACGUCACCGGGAAUGUGAAGGAUCAGAUGUUGGCGAACCUCAAGGACUUGUCUGAAUUAGUGAGUAAUGCUCUCGCUAUUUACGCUGCCGCGAAUGGCGACGAUGAUUUCUCCGGGAUUCCGAUUCAAAAUCGUCGGCGUAGAUUGAUGGAAUUUGAAAAAUAUCAUGACGAAUUUCCAAAAUGGAUGUCUCGGAGAGACAGAAAAUUGCUAAACAAAUCAGUGUCAGCAAUUCAAGCUGAUAUAAUUGUGGCGAAGGACGGUACCGGAACGGUGAAGACGAUAGCGGAGGCGAUAAAGAAGGUGCCGGAAAAGAGUAGUCGCCGAACCAUAAUUUACGUCAAAGCAGGAAGGUAUGAAGAAAAUAAUUUGAAAGUAGGGAGGAAAAAAAUGAACGUGAUGUUCAUAGGAGACGGGAAGGGGAAGACGGUGAUUACGGGAGGAAAAAGUAUAUCCCAGCAUAUAACAACAUUCCAUACUGCCUCCUUUGCUGCAACUGGAGCUGGUUUUAUUGCAAAGGAUAUGACAUUUGAAAACUAUGCUGGACCGAACAAUCAUCAAGCAGUAGCCCUACGUAUCGGAGGUGAUCAUGCUGUGGUUUUUCGCUGCAAUAUUAUUGGAUACCAAGACACUCUUUACGUGCAUUCACAGCGCCAAUUCUAUCGCGAAUGUGAUAUAUAUGGGACAGUGGAUUUCAUUUUCGGCAAUGCAGCAGUUGUCAUCCAAAACUGCAACAUUUAUGCUCGAAAGCCCAUGCCUAAUCAAAAGAAUACCAUCACUGCCCAAAACAGGAAAGACCCUAAUCAAAACACUGGCAUUUCAAUCCAUGCUUGCAAAAUCGUGGCAACAUCUGACCUCGAGGCGUCCAAAGGAAGCUUCCCUACAUAUCUAGGCCGACCAUGGAAGAUGUACUCACGAACAGUUUACAUGUUAUCGAACAUGGGUGAUCAUAUACACCCGCGUGGUUGGCUUGAGUGGAAUGGUAAUUUCGCGCUGGACACAUUGUAUUAUGGUGAAUACAUGAACUUUGGGCCAGGGGCAGCUUUGAGGCAACGCGUUACUUGGCCAGGGUAUAGGGUGAUCAAGUCUGUCGAGGAGGCCAGCAAGUUCACCGUCUCAAAGUUUAUUUAUGGAUCGUCUUGGUUGCCUUCAACUGGGGUGUCUUUCUUGGCAGGGCUGAAUACUUAAAAGGAAGGUAUAAAAUAUAUAAAUAUCAAACAACUACUCCAGAAUGGAGAUUUAUGGUUUUUGCAGUUGGUAUAUAAAUAAGUAUGUCCCAUUAUUAUUUAAUUUUCAAAGUGCAAUAAAUUAUAAGCUGUUAAGUUGCAAUUUGCUUUAUUGGUGAACUGACUAAAGAGAGAGAUGCCUCUCCAUUAAAUGACAAAUGUUGUAGUUUCCUUUUUGUUGUAAAUUAGAACAUAUUACAUACUAGUAAAAAGUUAUUGGUUCAA